AUGCUGCCUUUUCAGCUGCACGAUCAACUCAGUCUGAUUCAAAAUGCCUGGCCGGAGCUUUUUGUCAUAAAUGUGGCUCAAGCGUCAACUCCCCACACCCCGGAAAGCUUCAGAUCACACAACAGUCCAGAGCUUUUUGAGGCAACUCCAGCUGGAACAAACAACCAAGGCUUGUGUUAUAACUUGAGCCCAAGCCGUAAGUCACCAUGUUCACAAGAAGGGAUGGAUGCAACCAGGUCGAAUUCGAAAGAAGAAAUCCCAUCUACUUCAGAGCUGGUCGAUAGAUUUCAAGACCAAGUUGAUCGUCUACGCAUGCUACAGUUGGAUAUGGCAGAAUUCGUCAGCCUCAAGGGCAUUUUACUUUUCAAUGCAGAAGCUCCUGGACUGUGUGACUCGGCAACCGUCGAAUGUAUACAAGAAAAGAUUCAAUCCGCACUGGAAGAAUAUGACCGCAGUCAAUUUUCACAUACUCAACCUUUCCGUUUUGGGCGUUUACUUCUCCGUCUACCGAGACUUCGUCAAGUCACAGGAGAAUGGAUAAAGCGCCUUUUCUUCCCACACUUUGACAAGCACGUAUCCGUGGAACAACUAAUUCGAGAAGUUCUCUAUCAUGGGCCACCACCGGUCGGUUCGAACGGCAUUGACCAGCCGACAGUUCUAGACCUCAGUUCAGAAUCAAAUACGAUCCCCGUGGGAACGCUUGCAAGUGGUCUCCCCCAGUGCACACCUGAGAAACCAGAAGGAAUUAAUUACCAGAAAACCAACUGUCACUCUGCAACGGCUGAACGACCACUAAACACGUCUGGUUCUUCUGUACGUUCUCUUCUCUAUGCUGAGAGAAAAUACUCAGAUCCAUUGCGGGAUACAAGGAGCAUUCCCAUCAGUAACGACCUGCCAUAUUUGGACCAGAACCUAACUUCAAAAAAUGUUCCCCUUCCAUUUCCACUAAUGUACACUUCUCUCCAGCAUCCACUUCAAAGAUGUGUGGAACACAAAUUUGUCCGUUCCACCGGACAUCAUGAAAAAGACGUGGAUUUUACCGUUGAAUCAGGCUUACAGCACCAUCACAGAAGUGACUAUCAAUCAAGACCCCCUGAUCCGUUUAGUACUGCAAUUCGUACAAGAACUGGUUGCAAUCCGCACUUUGAAUUCAAGUUGGGAAUACCUCAAGAUCAAGCGACGUGUCUGUCCACGGAAGCAGUUGAAAAGGCUUUACGCGGAAGUACAACAACGAUGAGUCCGGCUAGCACUGAUGGUAAAAACACCUCCUUGUUGAGCAAGAAAAAUAACGAGUCGCUCCAAUUCGACAGUAUACCUUUCAGCACGCCUCCACAUAUCACUGCACUCCAACUCUACUACGCUGUGAUGCGACAGCAGUUGCAAAUGCUACAUAAACGCAGCCUGCCUGCUUGGUCCGAUAAUGUAACCGAAGCAGUGACGUCUGUGACCAGUCCAACUACCCCGACCGUUCAUCCGAAUGCCGACAGUAGCGACCUGUCCAGGAUAUGA